GUCUGAACAGAGGGCCUCACUAUAAGCGUCCCACUUCGUCCCAAGGGUCUGACCGUCUGACCACUGACCGAUGUUCAGCGAUGUCAUCCGUUUGAGCAUCUGACCUCGUCCUUCAGAGGGAGAAGCAGGAUGUGACAGGUGUGACAUAGACGAGACAGUGAGGUCAGACGGUUCGUAGGUCUUGAAACCUCUGACCAUCUUCCCUCAGUCGCCCGCCUUUCCACUUCUUGACCUUGCAGUCCCUAGUGAAUGUGGGAAUGUGUGACUGGACUAUCCGACGGCUCGAGUCCCAAGGAUUCUGACAGACAACUCUGGGAGCCCAUCAUACUUUCUUAAUCUUUUUUGCUGGCCUGCCAUGCAGAUUGGAGCAUUUAUGCUCGAAUCCCCAAAGAAGCCUGAGGACGUUUUGAGUUGUUCGGUUCUUCCAGCGCUCCGGGGUCUUUUCUACGGUUGGACCGGACGGACCGGACGGACGCCGGACGGAGCCUUCAGUGACAGAGUUUUUUUUUGUUUUAGUCAGUAUAUUUCUUAUUGAUGACACCAAUUUGAACUUCUUUGUUUUUAUUUGUGUUUGUUUUUCAGGGAGGUUUGGUCGUUGAUUGUCAAGCCAUAUAGAUCUUGAUUUCAAGGGAAGACUCAGCUAUUCUGCGCCGCAACUAAGGGGAAGCAACGCCUUUUUUUUGAGGAUGCAACUCAGCAUGACUUUCACAGCGAGUCGUGUUCACCAGUGGAAGGGCGACACAGAAAUCGCUUCAUCUACGUGAACGGAGUGAGGCGCCCAAGGCGUACUGCUGCAUUGGUUUCGGAAGAAAUGAGGACGUGCUAUGUUUUAACGCAGCAUGUCAAUGAGCCUGGCUUCAGCUUCGGCGAGGACCUAUGCCCGAUUCAUGUUGCAGCGCACAUGGGAGACCUACGAGCACUGCGAUUUCUUCUACUGACGGGGGCCUCUGUUGAGCAGAGGACUGCGACAGGUCAAUCUGCACUCGACCUUGCUCAAGCUGCAAAUCACCGAGGCUCGCAUGACCAGAUCAUUACUUUGCUGCAGGCAACGCCUUCCGAGGAGAUCCUCCUCGAACAAGUGGCACCUCUUUCAGAGGGUGAGGGAGACGAAGACUGACGGUUUUUCGAAUUAUCCAAAUAGAAUCCUUAUACUUCGAGGUGAAUUACAAUGCCGUCACCGAUGUGAGAUAGGAAACAAACAAAAACGACCCUGACCUACUUUGACCAAGCUCCACAGCAACUUCCCAAACAUUCCGCCUGCUUUCUAUCAGCUAGGACACACACACACAUAUUAUAUAUAUAUACACAUACGACAUCCUAAAACAACACAUUUCUACCAGCACGUCCAUAAAUUAAUGACCCCUUAGAGGUCAUUCGGGGGUGUCCAUGAACCACCCCAACUGGGGGUCCAGGUAUACGACCUUUCUUCUUCCCUGAGUGAAAUGGCUUGACAACUCCCACGACCCAGCUGACGUGAGGACUUCAUCGACCAAAAGCUGUGGAUGUUGUCGGGUGGGACUCCCAAGUCACGAACGUCACCAUCCAUUUCUUGGAAACAUUUGUUUUGAUUAGGGUUCCAUGAUGAAUACGGGUCUCAGCCGUGCUCAGCCGUGGGGCUGGUAUCGCUUGCCCAAGUCACUGAACAAUUCCUGCGGUUUGUCACCACGUGUUGCGAUUCACCAAGAUACAUCAUGCUUCAAUUCUUUAAUUUAAUUGAACGGAUGGCCAAAAUGGCCGUUGCUUGCUUUUGGUUUGGAUAACGGAAUGCAAGCACAUGCACCAACCUCAACUUUUAAUCAAGAAUUCAGAUUUUCUGAAAAAGGCUGGACACCAAAUGCGGAGUCCAAGUCUACUCUCCUCAACUUUUCGAGUCUCUUUCGGCACCUCGCCCCAGUGGGUCUUGCGCUCACAGACCGAUCUCGUUGAGCUGCUGUGCGGCACUCGGCAACGACAAAGGUCGCGGACCGCGCGGAGAGACCGAAG